GGCCAGUGAAGGGAUCGGAACUGGUCGCUCACUUCCGCCGCACGCGCGGGCCGCCGGGCGAUGCAGGCGUCUCGGAGUUCUCGGCUUCGGCUGAGUCGCCGGCAGCCGCCCUCCAGGGGCGGGCCUCCGAGCCCCCGCCCGGGGUCCCUCCAGGACGGCGACGGCGAGCGCGCGCGGUUGUGGGCCGGGCUGCUGCGCGCGGUGAGCGCGGACCUGGACGAGGACGGAGUGCCGCCGCCGCUGCCCGCUUUCCCAGGCCAGGAGCCCAGCCGUUAUCCCGAGCGCGCCGAUUCUCCUGAGGUCUUCACCGUGGGAUCCAAAACCUUUUCCUGGACGCCCUUCCCGCCUGCCCCGAAGGGAGAGGGCCCAGGACACUCCUACCGGGUGCUCCGCGGAGCCAGCGGGUGCCCAGGGUCCCUCGCCCGGUCCCCGCAAGCAUGCGCCACGCCGGAGCCCAGCGGAGCCCUCGGCGCCGGGGCGCAGUCGGCGGUGGACGGGGCGCAGACACUGCAGAGCUGCCCCAUGUGCCAGGUCGACUUCGCUCCCGGGCUGGCCCAGCUGGACAUCGACGGGCACCUCGCGCAGUGCCUGGCGGGCAGCACGGAGGACGUGGUGUGGUGAGCCGCCCGCAGCGUCCCCGCCAGGACCCCUGCCCCGCACCCGACGCCCUGCACCCGACGGGCGAGGGAGCUGGAGCUGCACGCUGAGCCCCGGCUCCCGCUCCUCCUUGGCCCUGGCUCAGCCGUCGGAACCGUGGUCGGCAGGCACGCCCGGGCCGGUGUGCGGACGGCCUCGCCAGCUGACCCGGGGCCUCGGGACCCGGGCGCCCAUCUGUGUUCGGGGGACAGGCUGACUCUGCGCAGCGCACACCAGGUCUCUGUUCCCUGGGGCACGGGUCCCCUCUGCAGCGCCUGUCACCCCCCGAGGGGACUAUGGGCAGGCGAGGCAGAGCAGCUCCCCCUCGGCCGGAGUUGAAGGGCGGACUGCGGACCAGCAACCUCCGCCCUGUCCAGGCUUCUGGCGCGGGACGGGCCGUCGGGCUGGCCUCCCUCACCCUCCGGGUUCCAGGAGAGCCGGGCUCUGUGCCGGCUCAGGCCCGACACCCUCGUCUCUGCUACACGCACGGCAGGUGCGGAGCCGUAGGUGCACUCGCAGACGUCCUGAUUUCCUCUCAACACCGGCCCCAUCGGCCGUGACAGCGCGUGGAGGGAACCUGCAGCGAGCCCCCCCCCCCCGCCCCCGGAAGAGAGACGCCGACCAGAACGGGCCAUGCCUGGUGCUGAGAGUCUGGGAAAGGCGGUGCUACAGGGGUGACGGAAGGGCCCGCGGGGGCCAUGGGAGGGGACAGGUGCAGCAGACGCUGAGGCAGGGAGGUUCCUCCGAGUCACCUGUCACGGUGGACACAUGUCACCAGACGCCUCAUCCAGGCCUGCAGGAUGGGUGCAGCCAGGAUGUAAGCGAGGACCCUGGGUGAUGGCGGCACGCCCGCUGUGCCACACCCUCCCUCUGGGGGGGUGCUGGUAGUGGGGGCAGCUGUGCCUGGCGGGGAGCAGACAGGAGAUCCCUGUACCUGCCCCUCUAUUUUGCUGGGAACCUAAGACUGUUCAAUAAAAUCUGUUAUUUAAAAA